CGCCAAGAGAUCGAAAUCGCCCUCCACCUUAUUGGUGGAAUCCGUUUUUAAAAGGUUAAAAGGUCAGAAUCAUUCGAAGAUUCGUAAUGGCGUUAUCAAGACGAAUAAUGGAAAUAGUGCCAAGAGAAGAACCACUUUUGAAACGGUACAAAAUAUUAGUUUGGGGCCCGUCCUACUCAUCGGCGAUGGCAUUAGACACGAAAAACAAUUCGGUCGUCUUCAUCAAUAUCGCAACUCGUGAGUGUCGUAUGACCAAGGUGAGGAAAGAGAAGAAUAUUCUAUUGAAGUUAACUAGUGAUAAAACAAACAAGUUCUUCCAACAUACGCAUAUUGGACUUCCUGAGAUACUGGAUUAUAAAACUGUGAGGCAGAGGACAGCGUCUGCAUCGGGAGAGACUGUGAAUUACCUUGUUCUAAAAAAUGCAGGCAAAUCUUUGGAGAUACUGCAUGAUCAAGAGAAAAUGACAUUUACUAUAUCGGAAAUGAGCAAAUUGGCCGUCCACCUCAUUGACAUUUUGGAAUAUGUUCAUCAUACAGGACUUAUUCAUGGAGAUAUCCAUGCCAGAAAUGUUGUUGUAGCAGGAGAUCUAAGAACGGAUGAUUAUAGGAUUACCUUAAUCGAGUUCAAAAAUGGCGGACGAUAUAAGAGAGGAGAAGAUCACAUUGCUGAAAUUUAUCUAGAUCGUGACGAGAACUCGUACAGAUCAUACUGUUCAUCCAACAUUUACGGAUUAACCCAAAGCCGAAAACAUGAUUUAGAAAUGGUCGGACUGAUGUUAAUUGAACUAAGAGGAGGUCGUCUGCCUUGUCGUCAAGCGAAGGUGAAGAAAGGAACUCGAAAAGAACGAUUGGCAAUAAUGGAAACGAGCCGAUUUACAAUGUUGAAAGAUUCGUGCAAAAGACGCAAGCUUCCCAACGUGUUUUAUAAAUUUGUGGAAUAUUGUCAACAUUUACACUUUGAUCAAGACCCCGAUUACACUCGUUGGAGAUCGAAAUUUUUGGAGCUUGUCUAAAACGUUACUCACAGAAUGAGUUUAUGCACUUAAACUAUUCAGUCCUACUAUUUUAACAGGCAUGAUGUUGCUCAGAUCAGAUUCGGUGAAUAAAGUGCUGUUUUUAAUUAGUUUUCAA